CAUCUUUCGCUCACAGCUCCUUGAAAUUCAUUACUCGGCAUACUUUUUGCACAAAAACGCCGCAAAAUAUCGGCUCCAUAGAACCAUCCGCUCGUACUAAUUGUAAAAUUUGCAUGUGUGAACAUUAGGAACGCUGAGUUGUUUAAAUAAUCGCACCGAAAGUUUGCUGCACUCUGUGUGUUUUCUCUUCUCUGCUCGGCUCUGUUGUGUAUGUGUGUGCAUCGUGGCAUGUGUGUGCACCCGUCAAGUUGACAUCCCAUCUGUGCUCGAGUGGUCCUCCACACUGCGCUCACGGCCUUCGUCCGGAUUGUCCCACACAUCGAGCCAACCGAGUGUGUUUUAACCUUUCUGACAUUGAAAAUUGUAUCACUGUAAAAAUUGUACCAUUGCGAGUCGGAACUAAACGGCGCGCGGAUUGCAAUCCGGUGCACACGUACGUUUUUGUUCCAAGUUUUUGGUACUGGCCAGUGGAGUACGGUCGUCUGGCCUGGAGUUCGGUAACACGUACACGUACCAGUGAAGGAAAAUAGUGUGCAGGCAGCUGAACAAGUGCUACCUAGUGGAACGUGUGGUGAAAGAAUUUCGAAGCCCAACUUUAGUUUAAUCUAACUUCAUUUAAUCGUUCCGUCUGUCCGUUGCUCGUGGUACGAUAGCGAUACAAGCGUCAGUGGUUCGACAUCAUCAUCAUCGUCAUUAUCGUCGUCGAAGUCGGCCGACUGUACCGAAACCAGCGAUCCGGCCGAUGCCGUCACCAGCAGUGAAGUUGACCGGCUUUUACUCCAUCUAAACCGAUAUCGUUUGUCGUACUGUGCACCAGCGCGUAAAAUAAGCCUCAAAAAAAGAAUGGCUAAAGACGAGGAGGACGAUCUUUUGCCCGACAAGGAUGCGGCAAAAGGAUUCUACGCCAAAUAUGAACCAAAGGAAAUUCUUGGCAGGGGCAUCAGCUCAACGGUGCGACGAUGCAUCGAGAAGGAAACGGGCAAGGAAUUUGCGGCAAAGAUCAUCGAUCUCGGUGCAGCAGAAACGGGCGAUUCCAACCACAUGUUGGAAGCAACUCGACAGGAAAUUCAAAUUCUGCGACAAGUUAUGGGACACAAGUUUAUCAUUGAACUGCAGGAUGUGUUUGAAUCGGAUGCCUUCAUUUUCCUGGUGUUUGAACUGUGCCGGCAGGGUGAGCUGUUUGACUAUCUCACAUCGGUGGUGACACUGUCGGAGAAAAAGUCCCGUUACAUUAUGCGCCAAAUAUUUGAAGGUGUCGAUUACAUACAUUCGAAGAACAUUGUGCACCGCGAUCUGAAACCGGAGAAUAUUUUGCUAGAUGAUAAUCUCAACGUAAAGAUAACAGAUUUCGGGUUCGCCCGGGUACUAAAGGAGGGCGAAAAGUUGUACGAUCUCUGCGGUACUCCUGGAUACUUGGCACCGGAGACGUUAAAGUGUAACAUGUUCGAAGAUGCACCUGGAUACGCGAAGGAAGUGGACAUAUGGGCCUGUGGUGUCAUAAUGUUCACGCUACUGGUAGGUUGUCCCCCGUUCUGGCACCGUAAGCAGAUGGUAAUGCUACGUAACAUAAUGGAAGGCAAAUAUAGCUUCACGUCCCCUGAGUGGGCCGAUAUUUCCGAGGAUCCAAAAGAUCUGAUUCGCAAAUGUCUGGUGGUAGAUCCAUCGAAGCGAAUCACCGUCACGGAAGCACUGAAGCAUCCGUUCUUCAACACAGUACUUUUCGAGCAAGACAUUGGACCUCUGAAACGGAGCCUUUCGGUUAAAUCGAGACGCUUCAGUCGCAUUGCUGAUCUGGCACUGAACCCCACGGAAAAUUUACGUAAGCAAAGCCAGUUCAACGCUAGGAAAAAGUUUCAGUUUGCUAUACUGUGCGUACGCGCUAUGAUCCGGAUCAAGAGGCUACGGUACACGCCGGAACCGCUGCGUGUCGAGGAUGCGCUCAGAGACCCGUAUCGCGUUAAAGUACUGCGCAAGGUCAUCGAUGGAUGUGCAUUUCGAGUGUACGGCCACUGGGUCAAGAAGGGCGAGGGCCAAAACCGGGCCGCUCUGUUCGAGAAUACGCCUCGAUGCGAGGUUUAUAAUCUUUAUAUCAACAGCCUUAAUCGAUAGGCUGUAGACAAAGGAGGGCAGGAUGUCGUCCGCUAAGAAUCGUUUCGCAGCCAAAGACCGGAUGGUGUAGGGGUUUGGAUUUUGUGGCGCACCGCGCCUAGGACCACACGGCAAACUACACCACACCCGAUGAGAAGUUGGGCAACUGUACACAGGACCUUUGGCAGCAUUAUAAAAAAUGGUCACUCAAAUCGCAAACGGCGGUUAUUUUUACACUGCUGCAAUAAAUUCGAUAAGCAAUGAUAGGGUA